ACUCCCAAUUAACACACUCGAGCUCACACUCAAGCUCGUAGUCGUCGCCCUCUCUACCCUCUUGCGCCAAAAAUACAAAUCAAACACCAUCGCUGGGGUUUCUGGUUCCAUUGUGCAGCGCUUGGUUUGUUGACCUAGGGUUUAAUCUACUCUCUUUUGUUUCGGUAGGUGCUGUAAUCGAGACGACAGAGAAGACGUUUAUUGAGGGGGUUCUGUGUGAUUGUUGAGUUAGAGAAUGGCUUCAACAGGACAACCGCCGUCCUCUUUGAAGAAACGCGAUUCAUCAGCAACAAGAGAAGGGGAUCAGCUGAUUAUAACCCCUUUAGGGGCUGGCAAUGAAGUGGGUCGGUCCUGCGUGUACAUGUCUUACAAAGGGAAAACUGUUUUGUUUGACUGUGGAAUUCAUCCGGCUUACUCGGGCAUGGCUGCUUUGCCUUACUUUGAUGACAUUGAUCCUUCAACCAUUGAUGUUCUUCUUGUCACCCACUUUCACUUGGAUCAUGCUGCUUCCCUUCCAUAUUUCUUGGAGAAGACCACAUUCAAGGGGCGAGUUUUUAUGACUCAUGCUACAAAGGCUAUCUACAAGUUACUUUUGUCGGAUUAUGUAAAAGUGAGCAAAGUUUCAGUUGAAGAUAUGUUGUAUGAUGAACAAGAUAUCCUUCGCUCCAUGGAUAAAAUUGAGGUUAUUGACUUCCAUCAGACAUUAGAAGUAAAUGGUAUCCGCUUCUGGUGUUACACUGCUGGUCAUGUCCUUGGUGCUGCCAUGUUCAUGGUGGACAUUGCUAGUGUCCGAGUGCUCUACACUGGAGACUAUUCUCGUGAAGAAGACAGGCAUCUCCGUGCUGCUGAGCUCCCACAAUUCUCCCCUGACAUUUGCAUUAUUGAAUCCACCUAUGGUGUUCAACUGCAUCAACCACGACAUGUUCGAGAAAAGCGCUUCACUGAUGUCAUUCACUCUACCAUUUCUCAAGGGGGUCGCGUUCUGAUCCCAGCAUUUGCCCUUGGCCGUGCCCAAGAACUCCUCCUGAUCCUUGAUGAGUAUUGGUCGAACCAUCCUGAGCUCCAUAAUAUUCCUAUAUAUUAUGCUUCACCCCUCGCAAAAAGGUGCAUGGCUGUUUACCAGACAUACAUCAAUUCCAUGAAUGAGAGAAUCCGCAAUCAAUUUGCCACCUCGAACCCUUUUGAUUUCAAGCACAUAUCACCAUUGAAGAGUAUUGAGAAUUUCGAUGAUGUAGGCCCGUCAGUGGUAAUGGCAAGUCCGAGUGGCCUUCAGAGUGGGUUGUCUCGCCAACUAUUUGAUAAAUGGUGCACUGAUAAGAAAAAUGCUUGUGUUAUACCUGGAUAUGUUGUGGAAGGGACGUUGGCCAAAACCAUCAUUAAUGAACCCAAGGAAGUUACUCUCAUGAACGGUUUGACUGCUCCUCUCAACAUGCAGGUCCAUUACAUUUCCUUCUCAGCUCAUGCGGAUUAUGCUCAGACGAGUGCUUUCUUAAAAGAGCUUAUGCCUCCUAAUAUUAUUCUUGUUCACGGAGAAGCUAAUGAGAUGGGAAGGCUUAAGCAGAAGCUUAUCUCCCUGUUUGCUGACCGCAACACCAAAAUUAUCUCCCCUAAGAAUUGCCAGUCGGUUGAAAUGUAUUUCAACUCUGAGAAAAUGGCGAAAACUAUUGGAAAGCUGGCCGAAAGGACCCCAGAAGUUGGUGAAACCGUCAGUGGUUUGCUGGUAAAGAAAGGCUUCACUUAUCAGAUCAUGUCCCCUGAUGAUCUCCAUAUCUUCUCGCAGCUAUCCACUGCAAAUGUCACUCAAAGGAUUACCAUCCCUUACUCAGGUGCCUUUGCUGUGAUAAAGCACAGGCUCAAGCAAAUAUAUGAGAGUGUAGAGUCAUCUGUUGAUGAUGAGUCCGGGGUUCCAACUUUGCGAGUGCACGAUCGAGUGACGGUGAAGCAGGAAUCGGAGAAUCAUAUUUCUGUGCAUUGGGCAGCAGAUCCUAUUAGUGACAUGGUCUCAGACUCGGUUGUGGCUCUGGUUUUAAAUGUAAGUCGGGAGAUGCCCAAAGUAGUUGUUGAGGAGCCAGAAAUAAAUGAAGAAGAAAACGUGAAGAAGGCUGAAAAAAUCUGCCAUGCCCUUCUCGUUUCACUCUUUGGAGAUGUGAAGCCUGGAGAGAAUGGGAAGCUGGUGAUAAGUGUUGAUGGGAAUGUGGCGCAUCUUGAUAAACAGAGUGGCGAUGUUGAAAGUGAAAAUGAAGGCCUUAAGGAACGAGUGAGGUUGGCAUUUAAGCGUAUCCAAAAUGCAGUGAAGCCAAUCCCUCUCUCUGCAUCUUAGCUUUUCUUUUACUUAUUUUCUAGUUGUUCUCAACUUUUGAUAUCGAGUUAACGCGUGAAUUUAACUUGUAUGCUAUGUAGAAGGAACUGAUUACUAGAAUUCUCAAUGCUUAUAUAACUUAGUAGCAAAGUGGAUCACAAAUAGCUGCUUUUUAAUUCA